AUGCGGAUGAAUAUUAUCUGCCUGGCGGUUCUGGCUGCUACAGCUGCAGGUCUCACUGUCACUUCCCCCCGGAUUGGUGAGAAGAUUGACCCCGACCUGCCUCUUACUAUCAAGUGGCAGUCCGUCUCAACGGAUCCGCAAACCUUUACCAUCGAACUGGUCAAUCAGAAUGUCUACCCUCCGACAACGACAAUUGUGGCAGAUGAUGUAGACUCUUCCAAGGGCUCCUACACUGUCAAAGCAAAAACGUUCGCGGAUGUAGAUGAUGGGAAGGGAUAUCAGAUCAACUUCCUCUCUCCGACUAGCGGCAUUCUGGCUCAGUCUCAGCAAUUCCUAGUCACUGAGCCUGGUGAAAUCGCUAGUAGUGCUAGUAGCUCUGGUAAGGAAACCAGUACUGCGCUUGAAACUUCGUCUGCCUCGUCCUUGAUUUCUUCCACCGCGUGGACCAGUGAUCUUACUUCUUCGACUCCUUCUUCCUCGACUACUUCCUCUUACCUGUCUUCGACUGCUACUCACACCUCCAUCAGUGCGUCUAGCCCUACCUCGUCCUAUUACUCUACUGCUUCAUCUUCUAUUUCUACCCCUACAACAUCUUCUUUUAUAACUAGCUCUUCUGCAAGUGCGUCUACCUCUUCCGUUUAUUCUUCUAUUACUUCAACCUAUACUUCCACCCCUGAAGGACCAUCUUAUUUCCCCUCAACACCCUCUACUUUGACAGUUACAACUUCUUACACCGAGACCUUGACUACUACCUUGAUGCUUACCACCCUCACUUCUUCCUCAGUUACUUCUAUUUCUACAAUUGCAACUUCUUCUUCUAUUACACCAACUCCAUCCUCCAUUAUAUCUACCUUUACUACCCCGACUACUUCUAUUUCCAUUACCACGUCGUCUAUCCCACCUACUACAUCCACACAUCUUCCUACCUCGACUUUCAUCACAUCAAGCACUAUCUCAUCUACCACAUAUCUUUCUACCCACACAUCCACUACCCCUGAAUGGACCUCAUCUUCAACCAUCACCUCGAGUAGUCUGUCCACCGCAACCCAUUCGAGCACUACUUCGACCACCACUCACAAGACUACUUCGACCACAACAUCGACUGCUACGGAGUCGGCAAGUACCACCUCGAACGCUGCUGCCGUCCUCAUGCCCCCUUCUGGCAGUCUGCUUCUGGGUCUGUUUGCGCUGGUCCUUUAA